GAUUCUUUACCUUCUCUUUGCUGUUUUCUUCCUGGUGCUGCAAAGCUCUGCAGGCCGGAGUGAUCCCAGAUAUUGUAUAGGUCGGAGAGAAUUCUGCUCCCCUGCAUGCCGCUGGCCUUCUGUACAGAUUGGAGUGUGCGCUAUUGGUAUCCCUUGCUGUAGAAGGAAGUUCUAGUGAAUGAUGGCGACAGAAGUUGUUAAUGCCGGACCUCUGGCUAUCUGGGAAAUGAUGCCUUUUUUCCAAAAUCCUUGGAUCCUUUCCACCUGGGCUGUAAAGAAUUUCUUGAGCUGGAAAAUAUCUUCAAGGGAGCCCGUGUAUCACCCAUAAUAACUUGUUCUUAUCCUUUUAAUAAAAGUAACUGGCUGUAGCGGAGAAUUACAAA